AUUCGUGGCAACAAUUAUAUUCCGGAGUAUAUCGUAGGCCGCGAUAAGGUGAAAUUCGUCGAUAAAAGAGCGGCCAAUAAACCUUCCGCGUAUAAUAUUCCGUGGAAAGAAACCAGACGCAGUAGCUAUAUUAUAUAUAGCUAUAUAAUACGCUCAUCUCCGUUAUACAAAACUUUGUUUCCCCUCGAUCCAGCGGAGAGACAGACUAAUUUGUCUGCAGCGCCGGUGUGUGCGUGGGAGCAUCAUGCAGAGAAAAGUCAAAGGACGAAAGCGUCGCCGGCACAAGUAGCUCCGCGGUUUAGCUCUUGGAUGUCUCCUCGAAGAAGGAAAAGCCGGCGCUUAUCGUAUACUGGCUGUAUAGUAGGGCCGCCUGCUGAAAAACGAAGAGGCGCACUUAUGGCUACUAAUAUAUGCGCCGUCGGCUUUGAUCUGUCGCGGUUGCGGAGGAGCGCAUCCAGGGGCUAUUGUCGGUUUUCGGUAAAACCGGUGGCGCUCGCGGGCGGGACUGUACAUGAUACGCUUUCGAGUGUAUGUAUAUAAAUAAGUGUUGGGGAAUGUCAGUGGUAUCUUUUUGAUAUAGAUGCUGCGCAUGGUUUAUGAUUGCGGCAGAUGUGCGUAGGUAUACUGAUACGAAAUAAUUAUAAAUUUUAUAGAUAGAUUUCUUUCUUGUACGGUCUUUGUCCCGAUACUUAGUUACGUAAUUUAUUUCCAAGGUAAUGUUAAUUGAACGGUAAAAUUUACGAAUCUCUCUGGUGCCAAAUUUUCCUUAUUUUAUCCCAAACUAUAUACGUUAAAAAUGAAAACGCAGUCAAUAUAAAUGUUAAUUUGAUAAUCCGAUAUUCUCAUCAGCGGAUCCCGUCCAACCGCGAUAGUCAAAAACAGAUUCCCGAACCACAUGCGAAAUAUGAUUGAAACAAAAAGUCGGCGGGAAUUCAAAAAGAGUCGCCGCCGCUCAUCUACAGCCUACAUGGAUAAUGCGCUUGCCGGCGUUGAUCUUUCGACUGUCUCUCGCUCUACUCUCUCGCGAUAUUUAUCAAGCAAUAAUCGCGAUAGCCCCCAGCGUGUCUGUCUUAUACACAUCUAAGUGGAGCAAAAGUAGACACAAGGGAGAAAGCAGAAGCGCCAGACGCGCGCUGCACCGUCGAGGGGUGAAAGCAACCGCGCGACGCAAUCCAGAGCCGCUGCCGCUCUCCCGUUUAUCUCGAGGUAAUCGCGCUAAUAAUGCCUGUUAUGAGCCUCGUCACCGAGAAAUUUUGGUCGAGGCUGUUUUGGUAUAGACCUGCGCGCGGUGAACAUCAAAAAGGAGACGCCCGUCGUUUUUUUUUCUGAUGUGGAUGCGGUGGGAAGUGUCGUGGGUUUUCCUGAUAUACUCUUGGAAUCAUCGGUGUAUGAUGAUGAUGGACCGAGCUGAGCUGGGAAACUUUGGAAUGUAUAAAAAUAAACGUAUAUAUUAUAGUUUCAAUGAAUUUGAGUUUCUUCGCGAGAAAAUGUUUGCUAAUUAUUAAAAAUUAAAAUUUUCAACUUGACAAGAAAAAACCCACUCCGCUAUCCCGCCUCGUUAAAAACAAACUCUUAAAUAACGGCGCUCCCUCAGCCGGAUCGCACGGACUCUCCUAAAUCAUCCACGGACCAGCGAUCCUACGAUCAUCUCUCUACCCCCCCCCCCAGCAUCAGCCAAUCGUUCGUUAUCAAAGAACACACCAUCCGCGGUUAGCGCUUCCCACCCCGCAAUUUACUAAUUGAAUCGUCGCGGUUAUGACAUUACGCCACACGAGCUAUAAGUCGAGGCGCAUAUACCUAUAGAGCCAUACACCAGCACACAAGCUCCGCCCAUCGCCGGUGGGCUGGGCCUAUUUCAUCUCGGGGCGGCCACCCACGCGCCUCGAGGCCCAAGUACGGAUCCUCCGCUCGUCGCUCUCGAGGCACACUCGCACCGCGACUCCGACCGCGCGCACGCGUUGAUCCUUGCGCUAUUAGUCGACUUUUACUUUAUCUCGCGCUUCGUAUCUUUGUGCUUGUUCUUCAGAGCUUCGAUCGAGGGAGAUCGAUUUUUGGUUUCGUCCUCGAGAGUGACUCUCAGUGUGUUUUGUGAAUCGUGUGCGACUUGUGUGUUUGGAGAACGUUUUUGGGAUUUUUAUACUGUUCGGAGCUUUAUUGGAGUUCGCCGACAAGAUGAUUGGAGGAUACGAGGCUCAGGCUGAUUACUACCCCCAAUGGCACCAGCCGUACAACUACGUUACACAGCUACCUUAUGGAAUCCCAGACAUGGACAGCCAGUCGACGUACUGGGGCGCCGACUCGGGCAUAUCCGGCGGCAGUUCCGGUGCCGGUAGUCCGGCAGCCUCGACGCCGCCCUUGAUCGAAGAAAUCGGUAUCCCCGAGCCCGGCGCUUACACCUACCCCCAGGCGAGUCACUACACCAGCAACAGCCACCACCACCUUCAGCAGCACUACAACGGCGAGCUGGUGUACCAACAGCAGCAUCAACAACAGCAGCAGCAGCAACAGCCCAGUCAGCAGUUACCGAUGACGACGAGUCAGGACUGUUCGACUCUCCAGCAACAGCAGCAACAGCAGCAACACCACCAACAGCAGCAACAGCAGCAGCCACAGGAACAGCAGAACCCGACGUCGAUGCUGCAGCAGCACGUAAGGUGCGUAGGCGACGGGCUUGGUCUGGUCGUAAGGCCGAAGCGUCGGAACACGGCUAAUAAGAAAGAGCGCAGGCGGACGCAGAGCAUCAACAACGCGUUCGCCGAUCUGAGGGACUGCAUACCGAACGUACCUGCCGAUACCAAGCUGUCCAAGAUCAAGACCCUCAGGCUCGCCGCCAGUUACAUCGGCUAUCUCAUGGCUGUUCUCGACAGCGACGAGGGCGAGGAGCCGCAGACUUUCCGGGCGGAGAUUCUAUCCAGCGGCAGGAGGAACAAGUCGCAGGCUAGUCUGAGCGACGUGGCGAUGCACGUGAUGGGAAUGCAGGAAGAAACGUCGAAGGGCAAAGGCCGAACCGGUUGGCCCCAGCACAUGUGGGCCCUCGAAUUGAAGCAGGAACCGCCGGCGAGUACUCUGCAAUGAGCGAUCCGAGUUUAACUCGUUCGAAUUGUAUGCAACCGCGUCUAAGAACUAAUGACGACGCAUGUAAUGUAGAGUUAAAGCAUAUAGGCAAUGCGAUGUGUACGUACCUUGUAAAUAUAGUCGCAUUUCCGAUCUCAGUGCUCAAAAUGUUUUGUUAAGCUGUAAAUAUAGACUACUGUGCCAAAUGUUUUAUAUAUAGUAUUUAUAAGUAUAUUGCUCUAUCGUAUAAAACAUAGAUUUAUAUCAUUAUUACUAUUAUGUAUCAUGCGAAGGCCAAAGAAAAACGAGUAUAAAAAAAACGUACUUAAAUUCUUUACAAAAACAUCAUAUUAUUAUUCUAUUACAUAUUUUUGUCCCUUCUCUUCGAUCGCUUUUCCAAAAACGCGUAGAGAGCGUCGCGAGUAUUGUCUGUAAAAUUUUGUAUAAAGUGUAAUUAAUACGUCUUACUUGAUAUUAAAAAGAAACAGUUCAAACGA